AUCGCUCCCUCAGUUUUGAAAGACCCCGUCGCCGCCGAGUCGUUUACCCCCUCUCAGUCCACGCCGCCCGACUGCACCUCCGUUUUCCGCGGGAAUUUAAUCGGUUUUACUUAGUUUUGAAUAAGAUAAAAAUGCUUUCACUUUUGGGUAUCCUGUGUCUAAUCAAAUUAGGUUUCACGCCAACUAACGCUAUUCACGUAUUCAACCGAUUUAGUCCAGAGGUUCUGACAAAUUUGGGCUACGGUGGCCACGGCAGUUUCAGAGGACAAUCAUAUAUUCAGAAUCCAGAAUCCUACGAGACGGUCGGGCAGGACAUCGGCGAGAUCGAGCAAGAGGGACCCUGCUACGGGAAGAGAUGCACGGCUAACGAGCACUGCUGCCCAGGAUCAGUAUGCGUCGAUGUCGACGGAGUUGUGGGAUCCUGCUUAUUCGCCUACGGACUACGGCAAGGUGAGCUCUGCAGGAGAGACAACGAUUGCGAGACCGGGCUCCUGUGUACGGACACCGGAGAGGGAAGGUCGUGUCAACCUCCGGCCUCCUCUGGCAAACAGUACAAUGAAUUCUGUUCUUUGAGCAGUGAGUGUGAUAUUCACAAGGGUCUAUGCUGUCAGUUCCAACGAAGACAUAGGCAAGCGCCGAGAAAGGUCUGCUCGUACUUCAAGGAUCCGUUAAUCUGCAUCGGUCCUGUUGCCUCCGACCACAUCAAAUUCGCCGACAUCGAGCACACAUCUGGUGAGAAGCGACUCACCGCUAAGACGACCGACAGCUUCGCUCAUUUGACUCGCUGAAUCCGCAACCCGCAACACACAUCUUCACCCAAAAUGUCAUCACCUCCCACUGACAUCCUACUCUUCCUUCCUUGAUGUAUGCCACAACUUCAACCUGAUGGCGCCCACUCCAUCCAUCAAAAUAAUCCAUCCUUCUGUGUCAACUCAACGCCUCAUCCUUCGAUAUAAGAUUUUCAGAUUCAUCUCGUCUAUUUUGUUUAAAUAUUAGACACCCUAACCGAUGACGAAAACCUUGAGAGCACACCUGCUGUUCGCCGUUAAUUGAAUUCUCUUUGCCGUAAUACAUUUCAAGCCAUUAUCAACUGAGUUAAAUCAUUAUAAACUUGCCUCUCAGUGCUGAUGGAUGCUUUGUUUACUUACCCCUCAUAUCAUAUCAUUAUUUUAUAAGUAAGUGAAUGGAUUCAGAUGGCAAGAUAAUCAUAGAUGUAAACGAGUGUGCACAGAGAGAAAGUAUACCGAGAAAAUUCAUUGAUGCACUAAGAAUAUUUUGAAGGUGUGAAAUAAGUUGUCUUCCUGUUCCUAAUUCCCCGUCAAUUGAAAUUAAAAUUGUUCAAAUUGAUGAUAUAGUAGAGACGUCGUAAUUUAAAUCACUCCGUACCCUAUCAAUCCGAACAAGUAUUGGAAAGCAAUCGUUAUUCAAAAGUGGUUUACAAACCAAAAAAUCCCCAUAACACAAAAAGUUCUACUCCUUAAAACUUUUCAAAAUCAAGUUACCUUUACAUACCUAAACAAAAUUAAAAUCAAAAUGAACUAGGAGCUGAAUUGGUUCGACACUGAGGCUCUGUUCCUUAGUUCCUGAUCGAUGUGACCGCAUACUUGUUACGACGAAUUUCAGCGUGUUUGAAAAACUUAUCUAAAUUUUAAAAUUAUCUUUUGAUUUUUUUGAACCCGCAGAAAUUCAAUGGUUCGAUGUAUUGGAUUUUCCAUACGCAUUUUAAGACUUAAAAAAAAAAAAAAAAAAAAAAAAAAAAAAAAAAAACCGUAUCAAACAUGCUUAUUUUCCACCAUUUAAAUCAUGUUUACAUUAUGAAAUGGUGAAAGAUGCUGGUAUGACUUCCAACUUAACAAUUUGGAAAACUUUAAAAUUAAAUCAUCAUGUUGAGUUUAAAUUUAGAUACUAUGUGAUUGAAUUCAAAUUGAAACAUGAUUGUGCAAUUUGUCACAUACUGUGGCUAAUCUCUUAAUCCUCUUUUCCUCGUUUUUCGAUAGCAAGAAACAGUCUUUUUAAAAAAAAAUUAUGCGCCCAUGUCUAUUCAUAGUAGUGUAGGUACAAAUUAAGGCACAUUUCAAGCCAGUGUGCAGAUAAAUGGCUACAUGUACUUCUCAAGAUCUGAGGAUAGUUCAUAAGAUAUUUGAGGAAGAAACACCAAUGGGGUCCAUUUCGUUUCAAUCUGAAGAUAAUCUCGUGGUGAGGGAGGUAUGUGCCUCUGUAGUUUAUAUUUUGUUGAGAUCUAGAGAGGAACUACCUGAAAGAAAUGCGUUUAAUUGUUAAGUUUGCACAACUUGCACUGGUUCCUGACAAGGAAGAUAAAAAAUGAAAAAAAAAUAUUGACAAUGCAUUGAACAAAAUCUAAGAUAUUUAUGUUAAUGUUAAUGCACUAAUUGCAUGAAAAAAAAAUGAAAAAGCUAACCUCUAAAAAAUGGGAAAUCUGCUUGUCUUUUCCAAAAAUAUCCUGCGGGAAAUCAAAACUUUCACGAUAAAGCACAAAGCUGAGUAAAAAGCACAACUUGAAGACGCAUCUGAGUGCUCAUACUCUUUGUUGAUAGAGUUUAUUGGCGGAUAUAUUUGAAAUUUCAUGAAUGCUACAUGAUAGCAUUUACGUCACCUGUUUUCUUUUUUAUCGAAAUAUCUUAAUUGACAUAUCCAUGGUUUAGAAAAUAUAGGUAGAUUUAUGUAUAUUUCUAAAUGUUAUUCUUUACUUUUAGUCAUUUAGAACUCUAUAUAUUUUACUACUGAUUAAAAUAAACUUGAUAAGUACCUAUUAAAA